UCUUGGAGUAUGGAGUUUGUAUGGAAACGAAGGUGCUAUCUCCAGCUGGGCUGUAUAUUGAUACUGCAUUUGGUUUAUGCUAAUCUAGACUAUCAAAAAGAAACUCCUGCAAGCCUGGGUCAGAUUGACCAUCAGUGCUGGGAGGUGUCGUCCCAUGGGCUGGUGGAAAUGAAGAAACUCAAGGUAGCAGAUACAGUCACUGAUCUCUGGGACUUCCUGAUGUUCCUAAAGGAAUCCCCUAAGCCCAAGCACAAUGAACUCUUCAAUGAUUUAGCCCAGAACUUCUGGGAUAUGUAUGUAGACUGUGUGCUCUCAAGAUCCCAUGGAAUGGGCAGAAGACAAUUAAUGCCUCCCAAGUACUCUUCCCCGUACUCACACAGAACUUUAGAAGGGUCUGCUUUCACCAACCCAUUUUAGGCCAAAAGGGGUGAAAAUGAAGAUACCUCAGAAAGGCAACGUCAAAACGAAGGCGCACACAAGCACCGCAUAUACUGUAGAUGCUUAGACAAACCCAUUGGCAUGGUUCAACCCUUUAUUUCCUUUUCUUUGUAUGAAGUACUUAAUUGCUGCUAAACUGAUAAGUACGUGAGCUCCCACGUUGUCACUUUUGCUUUCCUGUCUCACAGUCUGCCAAGGCUGCCUUCUUCUGACUGCAUGUGUGAAUGCUUUUGUGUUUUGAGUCAACGCCUUUGUUCUCUCAGGUAAGCUUGUAAGUCUG